GAAGCGGCAGCGGUCGACUCUCGAGGCCCCGCGGCCUGGUCUGGAGGCCCGAGCGGCCCAGCUUACGCUCUGGGGCGACGCACCCCGACCUCGGCUGGUCUGCCCCGUCGUGGAGUAACCCCUCAGGAAAGAAUUUGACUUUGGUCAAAAUGGUUUCCAAAAGAAGACUGUCAAAAUCUGAGGACAGAGAAGAUACCACUAAAGCCAGAGAAAAACAGCUUUCCAAAAAGACAAAGAAAUCUCAGUCACCUGACAAAGUUGAAGACAAUGACAGUGUCUUUGUAAGGCUUCUUAAGAUAUCAGGAAUUUUUCUUAAAACCGGAGAGAGUCAGAAUCAACUAGCUGUGGAUCAAAUAGUUUUCCAGAAGAAGCUCUUUCAGACGCUGAGGAAGCAUCCUUCUUAUCCCAAAAUAAUAGAGGAGUUUGUUAAUGGCUUGGAGUCUUACAUCGAGGACCAGGAUAAUUUCAGGAACUGCCUUUUGUCGUGUGAGCGGCUGCAGGAAGAGGACGCCAGCUUGGGCACAUCUUACUCUAAGAGCCUCAUCAAACUGCUGCUGGGGAUUGACAUAUUGCAGCCUGCAAUUAUCAAAACCUUAUUUGAAAAGUUGCCAGAAUUUUUUUUUGAAAAUGUGAACAGUGAUGGAAUCAGCAUGCCUCGACUCAUUAUCAGUCAACUCAAAUGGCUUGACGAAAUUGUGGAUAGCAAGGACCUCACCACCAGGAUCAUGCAGCUGAUCAGCAUUGCCCCAGUGGACCUGCAGCAUGACAUCAUCACCAGUCUGCCUGAGAUCCUUGGAGAUUCCCAGCAUGCUGAAGUGGGGGAAGAACUCAGUGACUUACUGGUGGAGAAAACUCUACUCACCGUCCCAAUCCUGGAUGUCCUUUCCAGCCUCCGCCUGGGCCCAGAACUCCUGUGUAAGGUCCGCCAGCUGGUGAUGAGUAAGCUCUCGUCUGUUAGAUUAGAUGAUUUGCCUGUGAUAAUCAAGUUCAUUCUUCACUCCAUAACAGCUACAAAUGCCCUUGAGGUCAUUUCUGAGCUUCGGGACAAGCUGGACGUGCAGCAUUGCAUUUUGCCCUCGUUGUUUCUGGCUCCCCAAAUCAAGUUGAAAAGUAAAGGGCCAGCAAGUUUCCUAAGUCAAGAAAGCAGUGGUCAGAAUUGUGUCGUGCUCCUCUUUGAUGUAAUAAAGUCAGCUGUGAGAUACGAGAAGACCAUUUCAGAAGCCUGGAUUAAGGCAAUUGAAAACAUUGCUUCGGUGUCUGCACACAAGACUUUUGACCUGGCAAUGCUUAUCAUCAUCUAUAGCACCAACACUCAGACAAAGAAGCAUAUUGAAAGGGUGCUCAGAAAUAAAAUCCGAUUGGGCUGCAUUCGAGAGGAUCUGCUACAGAGUACAUUCUAUAUUCACUACUUGGUUCUUAAAGAUGCUUGUCCAUCGAUUUUGUCGCUGGCUCAGAGUUUGUUUCACUCCCAAGACCAGAGUGUAAUUUCAUUUGGCAGUCUUCUAUACAAAUAUACGUUUAAGUUUUUUGACACUUACUACCAGCAGGAAGUGGUUGCUGCCCUGGUGACCCACAUCUGCAGUGGCCGUGAUGCUGAAGUUGAUACUGCGUUGGAUGGCCUCCUAGAGUUGAUAGCCGUAAACCCGUCUGCAAUGAGGCUGAAUGCUGUCUUUGUAAAGGGCAUUUUAGAUUAUCUGGAUAGCAUGUCCCCUGAGCAAAUACGGAAACUCUUCUACAUUCUCAGCACGUUGGCCUUUGGCAAACAUCAGGAAGCCAGUAGCCACAUCCAGGAUGACAUGCACCUGGUGAUCCGAAAGCAGCUCUCUAGCACCAUAUUCAAGUACAAACUGAUUGGGAUUAUUGGCGCUGUCACCAUGGUUGGCAUCAUGGCUGCAGACAGAAGUGAAUCUUCUGAGUUGACCCAAGGGAGAGCUGACCUGAGCAGUGAACAGUGUACACAGGUGACCUCCUUGCUGCAGUUGGUCCAUUCCUGUAGUGAGCAGUCACCUCAGGCCUCUGCACUCUAUUAUGAUGAAUUUGCCAACCUGAUCCAGGGAGGAAAGUUGGCUCCAAAAGCCCUGGAGUGGGUUGGGCAGACUAUCUUUGAUGAUUUCCAAGACGCCUUCGUGGUGGACUUCUGUGCUGUUCCAGAAGGGGACUUUCCAUUUCCCGUGAAAGCUCUAUACGGACUGGAAGAAUACAGUGAUGGCGAUGGGAUCGUCAUCAACCUGCUGCCACUGUUGUUCUCGCAGGACUUGGCCAAAGAUGGGGCCCAGAAGACUUCACAGGAAUCAGGCCAAAAGUUUGUGUCUCCAAUGUGCCUGGCCCCCUAUUUCCGGUUGCUGAGACUUUGUGUGGAGAGACAACAUAAUGGAAACUUGGAGGAGAUUGAUGGUCUGUUAGAUUGUCCUGUAUUCCUCACCGACCUGGAGCCUGGAGUGAGGCUGGAGUCCCUGUCUGCUGAAGAGCGCUCAUUUAUGUGUUCACUCCUAUUUCUUACUCUCAACUGGUUCCGAGAGGUUGUGAGUGCCUUCUGCCAGCAAACGUCACCUGAGAUGAAAGGGAAGGUGCUCACCCGGCUAAAGCACAUUGUGGAGCUGCAGGAAGUCCUAGAGAAGUACUUGGCAGUCACCCCAAAUUAUGUUCCUCCUCUUGCAAAUUUUGACUUGGAAACUUUAGAUGUAACGCCUUGUGGCGCUCCUGCUGUUUCAGCACAACUGAGAAAGAAAGGCAAGAAAGGAGGAAAGAAACAACAAAAAGUAGAUGACAGCAAAAUAUCCUGUGACACACUUCCAAAGGAGGAUAAUUCUGAGUUUGAUCCUGCACCAUCUGACAAGAGCCAGCUGGACAAGGAGUCCUCGGGAAUGGAAGGAAAGAUGUCUGUGUCACUUCAGAAUUACCAUACGUUUUUCCGAGAACUGGAUAUUGAGGUCUUCUCUAUCCUGCAUUGUGGACUUGUGACCAAAUCCAUCUUAGAUACUGAGUUGCACACUGAAGCUACUGAGGUUGUGCAGCUUGGGCCCCCUGAGCUGCUCUUCCUGCUGGAAGAUCUCUCCCAGAAGUUGGAGAAUAUGCUUGUUCCUGUUGCCAAGAGAGUCCCUUUCUUCAAGAAUAAAGGAAGCCGGAAGACUGGGUUCUCUCGUCUCCACCAGAGACCUGCCCGGGAGAUUGCUCACCGUGUUGUUCAGCUGCUGACCCCAAUGUGUAACCAUCUGGAGAACAUUCAUAACUAUUUUCAGUGCUUAGCCACUGAGAACUGUAGUGUAGCUGACGCACCAGCGCUGAAAGUUCGGGAGUACCACAUUAUGUCUUCCUGCUACCAGAGGCUGCUACAAAUCUUCCAUGGGCUUUUUGCUUGGAGUGGAUUUUCUGAACUUGAGAAUCACAGUUUACUGUAUUGGGCCCUUGAGAUCCUUGCUAACCGACUGAAGCAGGGAGAGCGUGACCAGUCCUUGGAGGAACUGCUCAGCCAGAGCUUCAGUUAUGUCCAGAAUUUCCAUCAGAGCAUUCCUGGUUUCCAGUGUGCCCUUUACCUCAUCCGACUUCUGAUGGUCCUUGCGGAGAAAUCGAGAACUCCUUCCCAGAACAGAGAAAAAAUAGCUUCCCUGGCCAAACAGUUCCUCUGCCGGGCCUGGCCACCUGGAGAGAGAGAGAAGAGCAGCGUCUUCAAUGACCAGCUGCAUGCUUUGCUCUGCAUCUACUUGGAGCAUGUAGACAGCACUCUUAAGGCCAUAGAGGAGAUCGCUGGUGUGGGGGUCCCAGAACUCAUCAACUCCCCGAAAGAUGCAUCUUCUUCCACGUUCCCUACGCUGACCAGGCAUACCUUUGUCAUUUUCUUCCGUGUGAUGAUGGCUGAACUGGAGAAGACAGUGAAAGGUAUUGAGGCUGGCACAGCAGCAGACUCCCAACAGAUUCAUGAAGAGAAGCUCGUCUACUGGAACAUGGCUGUUCGAGACUUCAGUAUCCUCAUCAACCUGGUUAAGGUGUUUGAUAGCCAUGCUGUUCUGCAUGCCUGUUUGAAGUACGGACGUCUCUUUGUGGAAGCAUUUCUGAAGCAGUGUAUGCCGCUCCUAGACUUCAGCUUCAAAAAGCACCGGGAAGAUGUUCUGAGUUUGCUGGAAGCCUUCCAGUUGAACACACGGCUGCUUCAUCACGUAUGCGGGCAUUCCAAGAUUCACCAGGACACAGGACUCACGAGUCAUGUGCCUUUGCUCAAGAAGAGCCUGGAGCUGCUAGUCUGCAGGGUCAAAGCCAUGCUCGUCCUCAACAACUGUAGAGAGGCUUUCUGGCUGGGCAACCUGAAAAACCGGGACUUGCAGGGUGAAGAGAUUCUGUCCCAGACUUCUCAGGAGAGCCCAGCAGAUGAGAGUGAGGCUGAGGAGUCAUCUCAGGUCUCCCAGAGCAGAGCAGCGGAGGGUGGUGAUGAAGAUGAAGGAGAUGAGGCGAGUGAUGGAGAAAAGGCGCAAGAGAGUAACGAGAGUGAUGACAGUUCUGAUUAGACCUGAAGAGGCUGCUGCCUCUCCCCAUGUCUGUCUCCGCUUCCCCUGUGCCAUCAGCUUUUCUAAUGGAAGCACCCUGUUCUGUCCUUGAGGAGGGGUCAUGGAGUUCACUGUGGAUUUCCUAGGGUGUCUGACAUCAGUGCCUGGCCCGGGAUGCCUGUGUAGCAUUACUUACUGGUGUGAACAGUCCUGGCAGUGCCACACUGCAGAGAGCUCUCUGAGUCAUGCUUCUAGGCCUUGGGAACUGCUUGUGAAACUGCUCCAUCUAUUCUAGAAUGUAGGCUUGUGCCAGUUUUGCAAAUAAAUUCUGAGUUCUGCCUCAA